GUCAUUCAAUAAGUCAUCCACCUGCCGUUUUUUUCACAUGCGGUAACUUCCCUAUUUUAGCCCUACUGAGAAUUUGUUGUCGGUGUUUUCUUGAACGGAAUUUUCCACUAGCUUAAAUGUCCAGCUCGUUACAGUCUGCCUAAAAUUUGAAACCCUAAUUUGUUUUCUUACAAAACCUAAUUAUUAUUCUUAUGCUUAUCAAUUAUUGAAUCCGAAUUAGAAGUAGAAUCAAAAUCAGAUUCAUAACCAAUGGAAAUUGAAAGUUUUGUUAAAUUCAAUUGAUCUCCAUAGAAAUUCAAUUGUUUCGUGACAAUAGAUUGCUAAAUCUCGACUGGCGGUUGUCAAAUGGCGGAUCAACAAGAAGAGGAGGACCUGAGAAUGGCUCUACGGAAGAGCAUGCAGAAAUCCCCGCCAGAGCCUAAACGAAGCAAGCCCGGAGAAACUGCCAUCUCACCGGCAACGACAACGCCGGAGGAGAGACGCCGGUUGCAGCGCGAGCUCAUGGCAGCUGCAGCUGAGAAACGGAUGAUGACUGCUGCUAAAAGCUCUCCGUCUCCCAAUUCUCCGUCGAAAAACGAAAGGAGCCGGGGUUUAGGAAUCAAAGAGGCUGAAAUGAAAGCCAAAGAAGUUAAUUUAGGCAAUAAAUUGUCAGAGAGAGAAGAAUAUCAUUUAUUUUCAAUGGUGUUUGGAAGUGGCGUUUCAAAGGAUAUACUUGCUCAGUGGAGCAAUCAGGGUAUAAGAUUUAGCCCUGAUCCAGAAACAUCUAUGGGCCUAGUACAACAUAAAGGUGGGCCCUGUGGCGUCCUAGCAACUAUACAAGCAUUUGUUCUUAAACAUCUUCUUUUCUUUCCGGAUGAACUGGGUAAAGUUGCAGCAAACAUGCCACAUAAUUUGAGUUCCAGGAGAUCAUCCAAAAGUCAGUAUGUUGCGUCAAAUAAUUUUUCUGCUUUUACUGAAGAUGCAAAAACAAGAGCCCUGGUUAAAAGUAUGAAUGAGAUAUUGUUUUUAUGUGGAAAUAACAAAAGGGCUGUAAUUGCAAAUUUAAACGUUGUUUCUGACAACAUUGAAGGAUCCGAAGGCAGCCCAAAGGAUGUGAUCAUUGCACAAGCACUUGAAGGUCUUUCAAUUGAAUCAGCUUCUGAUUUGCAGAAAGUGCUAAGAGUAGACACGUUCACAUCCCCUACAAGUGCCUUUAAGAGGCUUGAAGGAAUGAUUACCAUUUUUCAAAGUCGCAUGGGAGCGCUGCUAUUCCUUAUCUCGGCAUUACUUUCUCGAGGGCUGGACCGUGUUCAAGCAGACAGGGACGAUCCCAGCUUACCCCUAGUAACUGCACCAUUUGGCCAUGCUUCUCAGGAAAUUGUGAACUUAUUGCUCUGUGGGCAAGCUGUUCCAAAUGUAUUUGACGGGAGGAUGGAUUUAGGUGGUGGCAUGUUUCUGAAGGGUAUACCUACAAGUGUGGAGGUUGGAUUCCUCACUCUUCUAGAAUCCCUUAAUUUCUGUAAGGUUGGUCAAAAUCUGAAGUGCCCGAAAUGGCCAAUAUGGGUUGUUGGAAGUGAGUCCCAUUAUACGGUCCUAUUUGCUCUGGAUACAGCUGUUCAAGAUGAGAAUGAACUGGAAGAAAGGGAAUCACAGAUCCGGAAAGCCUUUGAUGCCCAAGAUCAGAGUGGAGGUGGUGGCUUUAUCAGCGUCGAAGGUUUCCAUCAAGUACUCAGGGAGACUAGUAUCCAACUUCCAUCUGACAAACUUGAUAGCCUUUGCAGCUCAGGCUUCAUCGUAUGGAGUGAGUUCUGGCAGGUUAUUUUGGAUUUGGACAAAAACAUGGGAGGCCUUAAGGAUUCGACUGGACAGAUGGGUAGAAAGAUAUUUGACCUUUACCAUUUCAAUGGUAUUGCAAAAUCAGAUUUGAAUGGCAGCCAAGCCGGAGGUGAGUCUCCGGUACAAAGACCCAGGCUUACAAAAUUGAGGGUCUCAGUACCCCCAAGGUGGACCCCGGAGGAAUUCAUGGCAGGUUUAGCAGUUCCUUCUGGUACUGCAGGUGGUGGAUCGAGUGGGAAAGACGCUGAAGUGGCUAAACCUGAACAACCUCCUCAGCAUGCACCAUUAGCAGACUGCAUUAGAACACGCUGGCCUCGUGCUGUUUGUAACUGGAUUGGGGACCCUCCUAGUAUAGUCUGAAUGUAUGUUAGAUCAAUCACCUCUGGUAUCCUUACCUUAGUGUUCCUGGUGUCAAAUGAGAUGGAAAAUGCCGCGAGAAAGUGGUAAACCUGGUUGAUUGCAAACGAGGAGGCAGGCAGAGUUAUUUUCCUGGUUUAUUUCAUUUCAGGUUCUGUUGUGCAUUUGUUGUAAUGAUUGACAUUCGAGUUCAAUUUUCAUAUGUUACAUACCAAGGCAAAAAAAAUGGAUUUAACGUCAAUCAAA